AUGCAAUCUACUCUUCGUUUUGAUCUUAGUAAGACAAUUAUCAUUCUAAUACAUAUCAAUGAAACAUUAACAGGACCAUUACAAAAUUCGGCAAAAUUACGUUCUGCAGUACGUUUUGAUUUCACCUUUUAUUUUGUCUUCACAGCACCUCCAAGACCGACUGAUUACGAAAUUCAAACAAAAAUUAUUCCAAAAGAUAAUGAUGAUGAAUCAAUAACUGAACAACAUGUAAUUGAAAUUGAUCUAUCAUUAUUUUCUAAUGAAUAUGGUAUCGUUUCGGAUUAUGUUAUCUACGUACGUCAAGAUCAAAAUAACUUUCAAACUGAUCCAGAUUUUGUUGGAACAUAUGAUGAAGCUUUGAAAAAUUCUUCAAUGGAUUAUUUAGCUAAAAUUAGUACAGUUCAAAUACAUAAUAAUAAAGUUCGUAUAAUAAUUGGUGAAGAAACAUGGUGUUCGCAGAAUUAUAAUCCUUUUAUUCCAUGUAAUGGCAAACUCAAAUCAAAUCGAAUUUAUAAGUUAUCAUCAAUAGCAUGGAUUGCUGUAUUUCCUAUUUUAGCUCUUUUGAUUCCUAGUAUUGUUGUAAUGAUAUGGAAACGACAAGAAUUAAAAAGAUAUUGUUUUAAAAAACAAAAAAAAGAAGAUAAUACUCUAAAGACUGUUUAUUUACAACCCCUAGCACUAAUAUCAUUAUAUGAAAAUAAUUUUCAAGAAAUUAAACCGAAACCUUUAAUUCAAUAUAUAAAUUUAACAGAUGAAGAUAAAACAAUUAUAAAUAAUGAAUUUCAAGACUUUAAAAAUUUAGCUCCAGAUUCUAAUCAAUCGAUACCUUCUUCACCUUUUGAUCGAUAUGAGGAUAUUCCAAGUCGAGGCCCAUGGAAAGAAACUGCCGUUCAUUUAACUGAUAUUCAUCGUAAACAUGAUUAUAUUAAUGCAAAUGAAAUUCGAGGUGCAAAUAGUCUCAAACAAUAUAUUGCUUGUCAAAGUCCAUUAAAAAGUACAUGUGAAGAUUUUUGGGAUAUGAUUAUUCAAUAUAGCAUUAAAAAAAUUGUUAUGUUAAAUGAAUUAGAACGAGAAAAUUCACAAGAUCCUUCCUCAACAAGUCAAUGUUAUCCAUAUAUUCCAAUGAAUAAAAAUGAAACAUUAGAUUUUAAUAGAAUUAAAAUUAAAGUUAAUAAUAUUGAAUAUUAUCUUGAUAAUCAACUUGAAAUUCGUCGUUUAUUUGUUGAAAAAAAUAACAAACAAUAUAAUAUUGUUCAUUUCUUUUUUACCGAUUGGCCAAAGUAUGGUAUUAUCAAUUGUCGAACUCUAAUUGAUUUAACUGAAAUAGUCAAUCAAUAUGAUGAAGAAUCAAUUAAUUUAUCAUCACCUAUUGUUGUUCAUUGCAGUUCAGGUACUGGUCGAACAGGAACUUAUAUUGCCGUUGAUAUUAUAACUCAUUUACUUGAUCAGUCUAAUCAACAAUUAAAAACAAUGAAACUUGAUGUUAUGGGGAUUGUUAAUCAAUUAAAACAUGAUAGAGCAAAAAUGGUACAAACAGAACAACAAUAUUUAUUGAUUCAUCAUUAUGUAGAAGAAUAUUUAAGAAAAACAAAUCGAUUAGAUUUAAUAAUAAAGGAAUCCAAUAAUUAUGAAACAAUUGCAGAUCGAUUGCCAAAACUUCGUGAACGUCGUUAUAUAGAUUUAUCUGAAUCAAAAGAUAAUUCAAAAAUCGAUUCCUCAUCAAUAAUUGAUCAUGUAAAAAAUGAAGACAUGAAUAAAAAUAUAUCAGAAAGAAUUGAAAAUGAACAAGAAUUCAUAGAUGAACAUGAAUAUGAUUAUGUUCAACAACAUUAUGAUUAUUUAGAUGCUCGCCAAUCAAUACAAAAAUAA